AUGAUCACCGCGGCGGACCUCUACCACGUCUUCACGGCGGUGGUGCCGCUCUACGUCGCCAUGACGCUCGCCUACGGCUCCGUGCGCUGGUGGCGGAUCUUCACCCCGGACCAGUGCUCGGGGAUCAACCGCUUCGUCGCGCUCUUCGCCGUCCCGCUCCUCUCCUUCCACUUCAUCUCCUCCAACGACCCCUACGCCAUGAACCUGCGCUUCCUCGCCGCCGACACGCUGCAGAAGCUCGCCGUCCUCGCGCUGCUCGCGCUCUGGUGCCGCCUCCGACGCGGAUCCCUCGACUGGCUCAUCACGCUCUUCUCCCUCUCCACGCUCCCCAACACGCUCGUCAUGGGCAUCCCGCUGCUCCGCGGCAUGUACGGCGCCGCGUCCGCAGGCACGCUCAUGGUGCAGAUCGUCGUGCUCCAGUGCAUCAUCUGGUACACCCUCAUGCUCUUCCUCUUCGAGUACCGCGGCGCCAAGAUGCUCGUCCUCGAGCAGUUCCCGGACACCGCCGCAGACAUCGUCUCCUUCCGCGUCGACUCCGACGUCGUCUCCCUCGCCGCCGGGGGCGGCGGCGCAGACCUGCAGGCCGAGGCCGAGGUCGGGGAGGACGGACGGAUGCGGGUCACCGUGCGCAAGUCCACCUCCUCCCGCUCCGAGGCAGCCUGCUCCCACUCCCACUCCCACUCGCACUCACAGUCCAUGCAGCCGCGAGUCUCCAACCUCUCCGGCGUCGAGAUAUACUCGCUGCAGUCGUCCAGGAACCCGACGCCGCGAGGAUCCAGCUUCAACCACGCAGAGUUCUUCAACAUCGUCGGCAAGGGUGGCGACGAGGAGAAGGGCUCCGCCGGCGCCGGCACCGGCGGCCACUCGCCCCAGCCGCUGCCGCAAGCGUUGGCGGCAAAGCGCAAGGACCUGCACAUGUUCGUAUGGAGCUCCAGCGCCUCGCCCGUCUCUGAGCGAGCAGCUGGCGCGGGCGUGCACGUCUUCGGCGGCGGUGGCGCCGACGACGUCCUCGCCAAAGGUGGUGCCCAGGCCUACGACGAGUACGGCCGCGGCGGCGGCGACGACUUCAGCUUCAGGAACAAGAACGGCGGCGCGGCCAACGGCGACGGCCCCACGCUCUCCAAGCUCGGCUCCAACUCCACCGCGCAGCUCCACCCCAAGGACGACGCCGAGGGGAGGGCCGCCGCCAUGCCGCCGGCCAGCGUCAUGACCAGGCUCAUCCUCAUCAUGGUGUGGAGGAAACUUAUCAGGAACCCAAACACCUACUCCAGCCUCAUCGGCGUCGUCUGGUCCCUCGUCUCCUACAGGUGGGGGAUUGAGAUGCCGGCGAUCAUCGCCCGUUCGAUCUCCAUCCUGUCGGACGCCGGGCUCGGGAUGGCCAUGUUCAGCCUAGGGUUGUUCAUGGCGCUGCAGCCCCGGAUCAUCGCCUGCGGGAACUCGCUUGCGGCUUAUGCCAUGGCUGUCAGGUUCCUCGUUGGUCCUGCUUUCAUGGCUGCUGCCUCCCUCGCCGUCGGGCUGCGUGGGGUUCUUCUGCACAUCGCCAUUGUUCAGGCUGCUCUUCCACAAGGAAUCGUUCCCUUUGUGUUUGCCAAGGAGUACAACGUUCACCCCAACAUCCUGAGCACAGCCGUGAUCUUCGGGAUGCUGAUCGCCCUCCCCAUCACCCUGGUCUACUACAUACUGCUGGGCCUCUGA